GGGCAACUGCGUGAGCGUGAGCGUGUGUGAGGGGCAUAUAUAGGAAGCUGGUCGUCACGGAAAUAAGUCCAGUCGGUGCACGGUCUCGCCUCCAAACACAACUCUGUCGCGUUAGACCCAGUGAGAAGACAAAUAAUCAGGAAAAAUCAGACGCCCCUGGACAAUUCUUUUUAAAUCUUAUUCUAUUCGUUUGACAAUUCAACCCAUUUCAGCACACAAGAGUGUUGGGUAGAUUGUACAACACCAUGCAGGGUCGAUCGCCCGGUAGUAGUAGUGCUCCUAAAUGCGGAUGGUUUCGAAUUGAUGGCCAGAAGCAGCCGGCCGACGAUGGCCCAAAACAACAGUUGUGCGUGUGAUUGAAAUUACUAACCAAGUGAUAUGCUCAAAUUUCUUCUUCUUCUUCUUUUGGUCCCUUGAAAUCGAGUUUUUUUAAAAUAUCAUUUGACAAGGACCGAUGAAACGACUUUCCAACACCUGUGUUGUGUAUGUGCGGUGAUGGCUACUGGGUGACCCUGAUUGAUUCCCUCUCUGAUUUCUUUUCUUUCUAUUUUUAUUUUUGAAAAUUUUUAUUUCUUCAACAUCUCCUAUUUCUUUUUGGAUUCUCGUAUUGUCUUUCACGAAAGAAAAUUCCAUUUGGGAGAUCAAUUCAACAAAUCAAAUAUCCCACCUCCCGUUUCGGUUGUUUUAAUUUUAAUUCGGGAGAAGAAAUUCGAGCUGGGGGGGAAUCGGCCGUGAUUUGGCAUUCACGGUAGAGGAUCACGUCUCGAGAAAAGGAAAAAUUGCGUUCGAGUGUCGUCGUGUCGGGACAGUAACAAGGUUGGUGUCGUCUAAUCAAUGACACGGGAGAUAAUGGCGUUCAACUCGACAGCGGGGACGGAAGCCCAGCAGGAGCCUCAGGAUCAGCAUCACUGGACGGGAGUAGGAGACGGUGCUGGCGGGCAGCUGCUGGUAAUUGGAGGAGAGACGACGUCGUCGACGCUGGCCGACGUCGUCGAAUCCUCGGUGGAGAGUCUCUUCCAAUGGGCCACCGUGGCCGAGUCGUCCACCUUCGGCCUCAUCUGGCUGACGGCCGUCAUCGGCAACGGACUCAUCACGUGCACCCUCCUACGGCGAGGGCUCCUCACUCAUCCGUCCAACAGAUUGGUGUUUAGCGUGACGCUGAGCAAUUUGAUCUUCUCCUUUUGCGUCUUUCCCUGCAUCCUCGUCUCGUCCAUCAAGCAGCAGUGGAUCUUCGGCUCCAUUUGGUGCUACAUCAACGCCUUCUUCACCAUCCUGGUAACGGUAGCCAGUUCGGCGACUCUUGCGGCCAUCGCGCUCGAUAGAUAUUUCGCCAUCGUGCGGCCGAUGCAGUACUCCCGCAAGAUGACACGCAACCGGGCCAACGGCCUCCUCAUCUUCGCCUGGUGUUUGGGACUCGUCUGCGCCCUACCGCCACUCUUCGGAUGGUCGGCGUACGAUUACGAAGAGUCUCACCGGGCUUGUUUUCUGGGCUGGACUUCGUCGCUGUCCUACUCGGCCGUCCUGUUGGUCAUCACCUUUUGUUUCCCGCUCGUCUCUAUGCUCGUCUUCUACUACGCCAUUCUCCAGGUGGCCCGCACCAAAUGCAAACGCAUCAAUUUCGGAACCAUGUCGGAGCCACCGAUGACUCCGCUGGAACGGAUCCAGACGCUGGCGGCUGCGGGUAAUCCACCGCCGACUCCGCCGUGCGGCGGCGGUGCCGGAGAGCUGGCCAACAUCCUUGGCGAGCUGGGCCGGGUGGCCAUGUCCGACUCGCAGACCAGCAUCGGCGGCACCCACAACAACAACAACGUCAACCGCUCCUUACGACGCAAUCGCUUCAGCUUCAACGGCCGCAAGCCGUCCUUCUCCUGGCUCUCCAGCACCUCCUCCAUCAAUUCCACCGCUCCCGUCAAAGGAAUGCGGACGAUUUUCCUGGUGCUGGCCGCCUUCUUGCUGACGUGGAUCCCCAUGUUGGUGUUGGCCCUGCUGGAAAUGAUCCGCCAUCUGGGCGGAUUGGGGAGCUGGACGCCUCCGCAUUGGCUCUACGUUUUCGCCAUGUGGUCCAUGUGCGCCGGAAGUGUCACCUACCCAAUUCUCUACGGCAUUUACAACCGGGCCAUUCGCAAGGAGCUCCGGCUCUGUCUCAGCUGCAGCGGCGGAUUGAACGCCAAAAAGUGGCGCAACGUCAAUCAUUUCUACCAUCACGGAGGCAGCGGACAUGGCGGCGGAGGAGUUGGCCAAAGAAGAGGAUCCAAAUGGUCCAAUUACUCAGAAUACGCGGCACUGCGGCCGAGAGAGACUUCAGCGGCGGCUACAGCGGCCGUUUCGGCGGCCGUGGCGGCGGCAGCAGCGGCCAGCACGGCCCAGCAAGGGCUGACGGAAUCGCUGACGGCCUUGCAGGCUGGAAUGAGCGACAUCAACGGUGGCAAGUCGAUUAUGCGUCUCCGGAAAUCUAGUCAAGAUUCCGGGGCCGUCAUACCCAGCGACGAUGAAGACGGAACGGGUGGCGGCCUUCACCUGAGAAGUUCCAGUCACGUCUCGGGUCAUUCCACUCACUGCCAGAGGGUAGAACACAAAUUGCUGGGCACGGAUCAGUCGGCCGUGCCGUCGCCGGCCGCAGCGGCGGCGGCCACUUGGAGGGCCUUCAAUCGACCCCGGAUGGCCCUGGCCGUCUUGGCCGUCUCACUCCAGCACAUAGCGGCUCACUCGGAUCACCUCCAAUAUCAUCAGCACCGCCGGCCUCAUCAGCCGGAAAUGACGGCGGCCGGCAAAACCAACGGUGGCGAAUUGAUCAGCAAUCGCCAAAUGGACGGAAAUGAUCAGCCACAGCCGCCAAACAAGUCGCUCAAACAACCGGACGACGACAACCAGGUCCAGCUGGCGGAGCCGCAACUGGAUGAAACAGUUCCGCCACUUCCGGCGGCCCUUGUUCUACCCAUUGCGGCCGAUCACAUUCUGACGUCGAGUCUAGACGAAGGAAUCGAACCGGAUCGUUGAAAAUAAGAAAAUGUUCAAAUUUCUGUUUUUUUUCUGUUUCUGUUUAUUAUUUGCAUUGAUGUGUGUCUAUAAUGAUGAUGGUGGUGCCCUUAUUGUGUCAAACAAUCACGACAUAUAUUGCGCACGAUCCCGACUCGACUUGCCAUGCCAUUCCCCUUUUUUGAUUGCCCAGAGUUGUUUUUGUUUUUCUGAUUGUCGAUUCCGUUUUUGUAAUUUUUUCUUUUUACACGAACGAGCCGAUUAUUCUUUUUUUCGGGUAUUGUCACUUUUUUUUCCAUUACGUGAAUCAAUGGACAUGAAAAAUUCGUGUGUGCAAAAAAUUUCGGAUAAUCAGCACGUCGCAAUUUUCUACUGGAAAUUGAUCGACGCCCACCCCCCACAAAAGUUGCUGGCGAAUAAAAAUUUUGUUUCUUUUAUUUCUCUCCUCCGUGAAUUGAGAAAACUAGUCAAGCUCGAAGCUUUUGACUUUCUUGCACGUGGAAAAUAAACAUAAAAGAACUGCUCUGCAAAUAAUAUUCCCACGUAUAUAUAUACUACACAUAUAAUUAUUAAGGAUCAAAACACACACAGCUCUCCCUUAUGUUUGUAUCCCAGCCGGUAUAGACACACACACAGCCAACACAUUAUGCGUAUUACGAUUAGUUUUAGACUAUAAUAUCUUAUUAUAUCAUCACGUAUGUGCACACAAGAACGAGCUGUAUAUAAAGGUAUGUCAAAAGAAAAAAAACAAAAACCCAAAUAGCGCCGAGCUGCUGUGUAACACGAUCGAGAUAAAACAAAUUUGGGUUGAGCUCACCUUUCCUCUUUAUUUUUUCUCGUGUGAGUGUGUGG